AACGUGAUGAAUGGGACGGUGUCUCUUUCGGGAAAAAUGCACGACGUCAUCAGAAGUGUAUUGACAGCUGGAAUAGACUUACGUUACGUUUUCCCAUAAUUAAACUUGUAUGUGUACGCUUUAACGUUUAAAACUAGUUUUUAUAUUUGAUUAUUUGACUGACUUUUAAAAUAAAAUGCGUAUAUUAUAUGGAAUUAUUGCGGUGUUUUUAACUACUGAAAUAUGCGUAAAUGCCGGCACAGUUUAUAAAACAAUUAUAAAAAAUGGAACUGGACCUGUCCCACAACCGAAUCAAACUGUUGUCGUACAUUACACAGGAAAACUACAGACUGGUGAGCAGUUUGAUUCAUCCAGAGACAGAAAUGAACCGUUCAAGUUCAAACUCGGCGCUGGUGAGGUCAUUCGUGGUUGGGACGCCGGCGUCUCCUCGAUGCUUGUUGGUGAGAGGGCAGAGUUAGAAAUAGCUCCGGAAGAUGGAUACGGUGCCGAGGGAUACCCACCUGUUAUCCCACCGUCAGCAACGCUGCUGUUUGACAUUGAACUGUUAGCUAUAGAAGGAGUGACACCGAUGCCACUUCAACCGGCCUUCGGUGGUGUUACAGAUGUCUUAACAUCAUCGUCUGCUUCUUCAGCAACCGGAAGCGGACAAACACCAGAUGGUUUUGGCACUGCAAGCAUGUUUGAUACCCAAGGAUUCACCUCAACUGGCCUAAACUCUCAAAGUUUCACACCACCGGACUUUUCAUCUGGUGGACCUACAGGUACUUCUUCAUCUUCUGGAUCCGUUCCAUCACUUGCUGACGCAUUUUCGGCAUCAAUGUCCGGAAGAGGAUCUACAAACUCAUUUUCAAACCAGGGGUCAGCUUCUGCCAUGGAUGGACUAUUUGAUAUGGGCAGAGGUAACGCUAAUGACGCCAUUUUUGGGGCGUCCCAAGGAUCAUUUUCUUCAAGUGGUGGAACAGGUUCGUCACCAGGAUUUCCUAGUAGCUCAGAUAAUUCUCAAAAUGCUCCUUUCGGGGCUCAAUCUGAUUCAAGAUUUGGAGGUAUGACUUCAGGGGGUAGCCAAAUGACAAACAGUAGAUUUCCUGACACUCGAAUUCCCGGGUUUGAUAUGUCUGGCGCGAGUGCUACAGACUUUAAUUUUGAUAGUGCAUCUGGUGGUGCAGGUGGUUUUUCAACACCUGACCGCUCAGGUCGAUUUGGGCCUACUAAUGGAGGAAGAGGAGAUAUUUUAUCACCUGAGUUUUCAUCUCCACAGUUUGGUGGCGGAUCGUCUUCUGUAAUGGGAGCUGACACUAUGUUUCCUCGCCAGAACAUGGGACCACAACAAAGUUUUGCAGCACCGUCUUCUACCUCAAGAACUGAUUCACGUGACUUUGGAAGCUCUAUGUCUGUCACAUCACGUGAUGCAUCCAGAAUGAACCAAUUCGGUAUGGACAGAGGGUCUCUUAGAGGAGAUAGAGGAUCAGGAUCAGAUCUAGGAGGACAAAUGGCAUCACCUUUUGGAAGUGGAAUGGGUGGAAGUAGAUCUGAUAUGGGUACGGGAAUGGGUUUGAGUAUGGGGAGUAGAAUGACUUCUAUGUCUGGUACAGGAGGUGGACUAGGUAUGGUAGGCUCUAGUUCAGAACGAAUGGGCUUAGGGAUGGACAGAGGAAUGACUCAAAUGUCAGACAUGGGUGCUGGGAUGAGAGGUGGAAUGAGGACUGGUAGUUCUGGGCAAGAUAUGUCUGGUGGUUUUGGCUCAGAUAUGAGCGGAAGAACGUUUGGUAAUGAUAUGGGAAUGGGCCCCCAAGGAACUGAUACGAGUAGAAUGGGACAACAAAUGAGAGGAGGGACAUCUCCUAUGAGAGGUAUGGGAGGCAGUACCGGAAUGACCGGGUCCGGAAUGGCAGGUAGAAUGGGAACUGGUAUGGACAACAGAAUGUCACCACUGAGUGAUAUGACAAGUAUGGGUGGAAGACCAAGUGGUAUUGGAGGUAGUAUUGGUUCAACAGGACCUGAAUUUGGACCUGGUUUAGGUGGAAGGAUGACUGGAAUGGGGGAUGGGAUGUCUGGUAUGGGUAGAGAUAUGUCUGCUAUGGGUGGUAUGGGAGGAGGUAGGUCUGAAAUAAGAGGUGGAAUGUCUGGCAUGGGAGGAGCUAUGGCUGGUAUGGGAGGUACAAUGCCUGGCAUGGGAGGUGCAAUGCCUGGUAUGGGUGGUGCAAUGCCGGGCAUGGGUGGUACAAUGCCAGGUAUGGGGGUAGCUGGGCCGGGUAUCGGUAUGUCUGGAAUGGGAGGUGGAGCAACAGGCAUGAGAGGAGAGAUUUCUGGUAUGGAAGAAGCGAUGUCUGGCCCUGGAGGUGCAAUGGCUGGUAUGGGUGGGUCAAUGCCUGGAAGGGGAGGUGUAAUGCCGGGCAUGGGAGGCCCGCGCUCUGACAUGACGGGACGAGGCGGAUUUAUGGGCGGAGCUAGAGGAAUGAGUGGUCCCGGUUUCGAUAGAAGUCGAAUGGGUGUUGGUGGCUCUUCAAUGGGAGAUCCUAGAAUGGGCCCAGGAUUUGGUCCAGGUCGCAUGGGAAUGGGACCCAGGCCGGGUGCAAUGAUUGGGGGUCCAGGUAUGAGACCAGGACCUGGUCCAAUGAGUGGCCCGAUGGGCCCUGGAAUGAUGCCACCGUUUAUGAGGCGGAGAAUGCCGCCGUUUAUGGGCAGAGGCCCAAUGGGGCGGGGAAUGAUGGGUUUUAGAAGACGGAGAUAACAUUAUAAUUAACAAUCAAAAUUAGGAGGAAAACCUGAUCUCCAAUGUAAAUUUGAAUCGUUUAAAGGGUAAUAACUAUGUCAGCUUUAAUAAAAUGGUUUAAUGUACAAGUUUUAAUAUUGUGCACACUACGAAAAUGAGUGUAUUAAAAAUAUCUGUAUAA